CAAACAGGUUGACAACUCUAUGCACAGCUGAUGCAGCAACAAAUUGGAAAAAACGCCUAUUAAAAAUUAUAAUAAAAGAAAAACAAAAGAUCCAUUGCAAUGUUGUCACAAUAUAUGGAAGAAUUUGAACAGGAACCUUUCGAAGUGGGAGAGUUCAUUGAGCGGCUCACCUGGCGCACCAACAACGAAUUGCAAAAUAGCGAGGACUUUAAUCCGGUGGCACUGCACGAUACAUUUAUACAGACGAUAAAGGAUCUGAAAAUACUUCAGGAGAAGCAGCAGAGUAAAUGCGAAAGACUCGAGGAGUCUUUGCAUCAGGAGCAAGAUGCGCACGCCAAGAAGAUAGCCAAAUUGGUGGAACGCCACCAAACGGCUAUCGAUUGGUUUGGUCAAUUGGACGAGAAGAUAAACUCUGUCGCUGGUAAAAUAAUGCAUCUUGGAGAACAGCUGGAGAAUGUAAAUACGCCACGCAGUCGCUCAGUGGAGGCACAAAAGCUCCUUAAUUUCAUGUCGGAGUUCCUGGCAGCUGGAUCUGUGAUUGUCAACGACAUUUUCACUGAUGCCGCUCGCCUGAACGAAGCCGCCGAUGUCAUACAAAAAUUGUAUGCCAUCUCUCAGGAUUUACCACCUGACAAAUUUGCCGAGUCAAAGCGUAAGAUUGAAAAGAAAUACGAUGAGGUAGAACGACGUCUUAUUGAGGAAUUCGCAACGGCCCAGAAAAGCGAGGAUAUUGAGCGCAUGAAAGCACUCGCUCAAAUCCUUUCUCAAUUCAAGGGAUAUACGCAGUGCGUCGAUGCAUACAUCGAGCAGAGUCAAAUGCAGCCGUACAGUGGAAAGGAUAUAUUUAUUGGUAUUGUGCCGAUGUGCAAACAUCAUUACGAGAUUAUUAAGAAGGUGUUUGCCAAUCCCCAGCAAGUAAUGUCCAAGUUUAUACUCAAUAUCUAUCAGUUGAAAUUGCAUCAAUAUGCCAUGACCAAAUUGGAUGAUAAAAAAGACGAAGAGAAGUAUCUGCGUACACUUUACGAACUGUAUUCACGUACCUUGAAACUGUCAACCGAUUUGCAAAUCUACAUGUCUACCAUUGAUGACGAUCUGCUACAAAAGUUGACACAACAAAUUUUCAUAAAGAAUUUAUCGGGCUAUGCCGAGAUGGAGGCAAAGUGUCUAACCGCCAAGUGCUCAACUGAACUGGAGAAGUUCUAUGCAAGCAAGAAACAUCAAAAGACCCAGACCACCAAGGGAUUUCGUCGCAAUAUGGAAGUGUUUGUUGCCACCAGAGCCAACAUUAAUAUAGCCGCCAUCGAGGAUUAUGGCGGAGAAACAUUUCUAUCAGAGGAACUGGCUAUCAAUAUGCUGCAAGAGGCUAAGGCUUCGUUAAAGAGAUGUCGUCUCUUAUCCAGUGAUGCUGAAUUGCCUGCCAAUUGCAUUAAAUUGAAUGACAUUUUAUUGCGUUUUCUCAUGCACGAGCAUGUGGAUUACGCCUUAGAGUUGGGUUUGCAAGCGGUGCCUCUAGCAGAGGGUAGAGUAUUUCCACAAUUAUAUUUCUUCGAUGUGGUACAGAAGACAAACAUCAUUGUGCAUCUGUUGGACAAGUUGUGCAAUUCAUCUGUAAUACCAUGUGUUAGCAAUACACCAAAGUAUUCGGAUUAUGUCUUCAAGAAGCGUAUAAUGAUGGAGCAAAUAGAAACAAAAUUGGAUCAGGGUCUUGAUCGUUCGAUAAGUGUUGUUAUUGGAUGGGUAAAAGUAUAUCUGCAAUAUGAGCAAAAGAAAACGGAUUACAAACCGGAAACCGAUGUCGAUACAAUUUCCUCAACUGCUUGUCUACAAGUGGUGCAAAAUCUUCAACCCGUCAUUGGACAGAUCAAAAAGUGCGUUGACGGUGAAAAUUUACAAAAUGUCCUUACCGAAUUUGGCACACGUCUUCAUCGGGUCAUCUAUGAUCAUCUGCAGACAAUGCAAUUCAAUACGGCCGGAGCCAUGUGUGCAAUUUGCGAUGUUAACGAGUAUCGGAAAUGCAUACGUGAAUUAGACAGUCCGUUGGUGACUCAGCUCUUUGAUAUACUUCACGCUCUGUGCAAUUUACUAUUGGUAAAACCUCAGAAUCUUCAAGAAGUCUGCACGGGUGACACUUUGAAUUACCUGGACAAAUCAGUUGUAAGACAGUUCAUUCAACUGCGUACGGACUUUCGUGUCAUUAAGAAUACCAACUAUCUGAAGGGCAUCAUUGAAUAAAAAUUUAAAGCUGCUGACUCACAUUCCCAAAAUUUCCACAUAGUGCGGUACUUUACGUGAAUUUAAUUUAUAUACAAGUCAGAAGCAUUAUCUAAUAAUAUUUAAUUAUAGUAUGUGCUUUAACUUUCAAUUAA